CUGACAGAUGAGAACUGCUUCUUGUUUCUUGUAUUUUCUAUAUAUAAAUAAAAUUAAAGAUUGAGUGAUGCGGUAGAAAUGAAAUUUGAAGCAUGUUUGCUACUGAUACUGCAUUCUCUGUGCUCGGGCCUCCGGCGGGGUCCACACCACCCCCACGGUCAGAGCCCGGUUGACCACACUCACCAUCAUUACAAGCCAUCAGGCUCUAACUCGCUCACAGCUGACUCACAAUUGCUGCAUGAUGUUAAACAUAUUGAAGAAGAUUCUAAUGUUUUAACCCCAGAGGCACUGGCCCGGAUGACUCCAGAAGAAUUGGAGUUCCACUAUUUUUCAGCUCACGAUUUUGACAGAAACUCCAAGUUGGAUGGCCUGGAACUUCUUAAGGCUGUAUACCACACUACAGAACAUGAAGCGCCUAAUCCUGAUGCGGAUUCAUCCAUAGAACCAGAAGCCAAUGAGCUUGAUGCUUAUAUAGCGCUGGUGGACCGUACAUUGGAGUCGGAUGACAUCGAUGGCGAUGGUUUCGUAUCCUACGCUGAAUAUCGCGCGGCGAGAGCUAACAACCCAUCAGAGAGAACUCCCAGGGUAUUAGCAGCCAAUUCCCCACCCUAACCUCGACUAUAAGUAUGCCUAUGUGAGAUAGAAAUAGUCAAACUUUACUUACUUUGAAUAGUAUUAUUAUUAUUUGUAAAAUACAAAUAAUAAUAAUACUACUUAUAAAAGAUUUUAACUAAUUUACAGAUAAUAUUAUCUAUUAAAACAUGGCCCUUACAAAACCUACACAUCUUUAAUUUAAUCUUUAAGUAAUAAUAA